AUGUUACAUUUACACAUUUGGGGGAGUCAGGAUAUCAAACCAGAGUUGAUGCCUCUUUCUUCCCUGAACAGAGAAAAAAUGGUGAUUCAAUUAUCAGUGGGCAAGAGAAGCAAAGAAAACAUUUUAAUUAUUAAAACUGAUCUCAGAUCCAGGAUAGAGAGGUACCAGGAAUAUACUUUUUCUCCUCUCCACCUUCUACUCCAGAGAAUAACCAAAGGAUGGCUGGAAGCUAUCACGGGACCUACAUGUUUCUCCAAAACAGAAAAUAAACUCAACACAGCCAUCUUUAUUCUUCUUUAA